AUCACUAGAAAGCAAAGGAAAAUUAUACCAAGGAUUAAGAAGCAAAGAGAAAUUGCAGUAUCGGGUCAAAAUUGGGCGCUAUUUCUCGGGUCUACUGUAAUCGUCGCCGGUAAGCUUCCGUCGGUGUUCCGGUCACCUUGUUAGGUGAAUUUGUACUUUCUUUCUCAUCAAGUCAGAUCAUUGUGUUCAUAAUUGAUUGGUGUUCUUCUGAGCUGCCUUAUUCAGACUGAUCAUCUGACAAAUUUUGAGACAUCUAUUCCAAUUCAAAGACUGGGAAUUCUAGUGUAUGGCUUCUAGGCGGAAUAUUAAUUACAGUCGUCUCGCUGUGGAUGAUGAUGACGACUAUUAUGGAUAUUCUGGCAAGCGAGCUGACCCUAGAUUUGAUUAUUCACCAAAAUCGUUAGAUAGAAUCCCCUGGAAGUCCAUUGCCCUUGCUCUUUUUCUGCUCUUUCUGGGAUGUUUGCUUCUCUUACUAUCCUACUUCAUCUUAUCUGGUCAUAUGGAAGGAGAGAGUUCCCAGGCAUAUGGUCUCCUUGGACUCGGAAUCCUCACUUUUCUCCCUGGUUUCUAUGAGACGCGUAUUGCAUAUUACUCUUGGAGAGGUGCUCAAGGUUAUCGAUUUACUGCAAUCCCUGACUAUUGAGUUCUUCACAUUUCAUGUAAACGCUAAAUGCAGUUACUAGCUUCUGUAAUGAGCUUUGUGAUAGUUUUUAUUGUAACACACAUUGUCCUAUACAUUUCAAAUGACAUCUGAAUGUAGUUACUGGUUUUCAUAAUGAGUUCGAGUUUGAUGAGUUUGCAGCAUU